CAUUUUACAUUGCUGGUUAUUAGAUUUUGAAUCUAGAAUAACUUUAAUUUCAUGCAUUUCAGUUAAAGUACGCGAUUUUUCUUCACGUUUUUUUGUAGUAAUUGUUUUUCUUAACUUGGCUUACAGAAAAUUCAAAAAUAUGGGGACAUAUCUUUCUUCCCCUAAAACUGAAAAAAUAUCUCAAGACAUGAGUUAUCCACAUAUUGACUAUGGAGUAUCAGGAAUGCAGGGUUGGAGGAUUUCUAUGGAGGAUGCACAUUGUUGUAUUGCAAAUCUUGGUGAAGAUGAAGAAAAGUAUUUGUUUGGUGUGUUUGAUGGGCAUGGAGGUAAAGAGGUUGCUGAAUACUGUGCUCAAAAUAUAAGCAAAUUUCUCCUUGAUACAGAAGCUUACACUGAAGGUAACAUUAAAGCUGCAUUAAAAGAAGCUUUCAUGACAAUUGAUGAAGCAAUCACGUGUGAUGAGGUUAUAGCAGAACUUAAAAAACUUGGAGAAGACAAUGAAAAUGAUGCAGACGAUAAUGAUGAGGAUGAAGCAGAAAUGCUGCUUAAAGAAGCAAAUAUGCCUUUGGAGGAAGUUCUGAAAAAAUUUACAAACGAGAUUAAAGUAAAGCUUAUUUCAAAUGGAUUAGCUCAUGAUUCUGAAAAUGAGGACGAAUCAGAAAAACAAGUUGAAACAGCAAAUGCAUCAAAGAAAAAAAUGUUUAAAAAAUUACCUGAUAAUCUGGAAAUAUAUGAUGUUUCUGAAGAAAAAUUAAACAAUGUGGUUUCUAAUGAAGUUGUGGUUUCUGAUGAAGCAACAAUUUUUAAAAACAAUAAUAAUGGAAAAGCAUCAACUACUAGUAAAGAUGACUCUCUAUUAGUUAGUGCUGAUAAAAAAAAUUUGUUGGGUGAAACUGCAGGAUCAAGUAGUGAUAUGGCAUCAAUUGAGGAUGGGUCAAGUCACAUAGAUAUUAAUCACGAUGAAGAUAAUGGAUCAUGUCAAGUAGAUAAUGAUGACAAAGAUGAUAUUGACUAUGUUAUUCAAAAUGACGAUGAUGAUAAUGAUGAUGACAGUGAUGAAGAGUCAGAUGAUGGGUCUGAGUAUAGUGAGGAUGAUGGGUUUCAAGACUCUGAAGGAGUGCAGUUUCAGCAAGGAUCUGAACAAGUUGGUAAAGAUAGUGGUACAACAGCUGUUGUUGCUAUGCUUCAUGGAAAUAAGUUGUAUGUUGCAAAUGCUGGAGACUCUAGGUGUGUAUUAUGUCGUAAUGGAAAAGCAAUUGACAUGUCUAUUGACCAUAAACCUGAAGAUGAGCUUGAAAGAAAAAGGAUAAAAAAUGCUGGAUCAAAAAUUACCUCAGAUGGAAGAGUCAACGGAGGACUAAACUUAUCGCGUGCUAUAGGAGAUCACAACUACAAACAAAAUAAAUCUAUUCCUUCAGAAGAACAAGCGAUUACUGCAUGUCCUGAUAUACAAGAACUUUUACUUUCUAAAGAAGACUCUUUUAUGGUGUUAGCAUGCGAUGGAAUUUGGAAUGUUAUGUCGAGCGAAGAAGUAAUACAAUUUGUAAAAAAAAGAAUUGAUGAAUCUGAUGAAAAAAUAAAACUGUCAACAAUAUGUGAAGAACUUUUUGACAAGUGCUUAUCACCUAACACAGAAAAUGAUGGUUCUGGCUGUGACAAUAUGACUUGUAUUAUUGUUCGUUUUAAACACCAAAUAUUAGAGAAUAAAAUUAGCCAGAAAAGAGCAAACGCCGAUGAACAAUAUAUUCCUAAUAAAAAACAAAAGAAAUAACAGAACUAUAAAGGAACUAUAGGCGUGAAAUCUUAAACAGUGAGGUGUUAUUUCUUGGAGUCGAAAAAAUGGCGUUGUUUACAAUUCGACGACUAUUCUUUUAUUAUAGAUGCCAAAUGGUAUUUUUAAAUAAACAGUUUUAAUAACUAUGUUAAUUUAUUUCGUUUGAUUUUAAUUAUGAACGCAUUAUAUCAGUCUUUUAUUAAAAAAGACAUUGAAAACGGUGUUCGAUUCUUGGUUAUUUCUCGUUAUUGGUAAUGUCACUCGACCAUGUCGUAGAUUCUCUUGACAUUUUUUGCUUUAUGCUACUGUUUUAGUUUCUAAUAUUUUGUAUAACGAAUCAUUCAGUGUUGCAUAAGAAAUCCGAAUAACUGUUGUUAAACGAUUCCUAAAAAUAUUUACGAACGUUACAAUGUAUUUAAAAUACGCUAUAUAAAUUGAAAUCAAAUUAA